CCUUCUGUUCUAACCUCCUUGGGAAAAACACAGUGGAGCUUCCUUCAUUUAACGUAGGCCCUUUCUAUAUACCUUUCCUUCGCACAUAGUAUGCUUGAUUUUUCGCCCAUCGGUGCAGAAAGACCUAGCGGUUGCAACAAAAGACAUCUGUCUUUUUGUCUGUCUGUCUGUCGUGUUGUUGGAUUGUAGGAUUGGAAAUAUUCAAAAAUAGUCGUAUAUCCCGUAUAUCAUGUAAGCAGUGAAUGAGCACUUUUUGUUACAAAUUAGUUGAAAGUUUUCAUUCUCUACAGCAGGGUACUUUUUCUUAUUGUGUAUGGUGAAGUAUGGAUUGUGUUUAACUGUCUAAAAUAAAAUAAGCAGCUUCUUCAAACUCUUUAAGCACUGCCUGACAACUCUAGAAUUAAAACUACAUGUAGUCGAACUGUAGCAUACAUGAUGUAAUAAUUCUGAUCAUUCAUUAUUAAAGAUUUAUAUAUGCUCCGGACAAAAAUUAUGUUUGGUUUAACUGUAAUAAACUUAUUUUUCAUGAACUUUGAUAGAUAUGGUAUAUGUGUAUCAAAAGUACAUGUGUCUCAGGCAAAAUAUGUAUUAUCACUUUUAUGACGAUAAUCAAAUGUAUAUUAGCCUAAGAUAUUGAAAGCCACCCUGUGGUUACAGAAAUUUCCAUACAAAAUAGAACAACAUCCUGAAGUAUGUAUCUAGCACAUGGAUAUCCACAUGGCAGAGAAGUUAAUGUGUGUGAGAUAUGUAACAAGUCAUUUACCAAAGUGUGUAAUUUAAAAGUACAUAUGCUUAUUCACACAGAGAAACGUUACGUGUGUGAGCUGUGUAAUAAGUCAUUUACACACAACUGUCAUUUAAACAGGCAUAAGCUUAUUCACACAGGCCAGAAACCUCAUGUGUGUGAGGUCUGUCCAAAGUCAUUCAGACAAAAAGAUAGAUUAAUCAAACAUCUUCUCAUUCACACAGGAGAAAAACCAUAUCUAUGUGAGGUGUGUAACAUGUCAUUUACAGAAAAAAGUAGUUUAAACAGGCAUAUGCUUAUUCACAGUGGAGAGAAAUCUUGUGUAUGUAAGAUUUGCAACAAGGCAUUUAGACUAAAGGGCGAUUUAAAUCAGCAUAUGCUCAUUCAUACAGGUGAGAAACCUCAUGUGUGCGAUAUAUGUGACCGGUCAUUUACACAAAAGUGCCAGUUAAACAAACAUCUGCUUAUUCACACAGGAGUGAAAUUUUACAUGUGUGAGAUUUGUAACAAGGCACUUAGACUAAAGGGGGAUUUAAAUAAACAUAUGCGUAUUCACACAGGAGAGAAACCUCAUGUGUGUGAGAUAUGUUUUAAAUCAUUCACACAAAAAGAUGCAUUAAAAAAACAUCUACUCAUUCACACAGGAGAAAAACCUCAUGCGUGUGAGGCAUGUAACAAAUCAUUUAGAUUAAGAUGUGAGUUAAAUAAACAUAUGCUUAUUCACAACGGUGAGAAACCUUAUGUGUGUGAUGUAUGUGACAAGCCAUUUACACAAAAGUAUGAUUUAAACAAGCAUUUGCUUAUUCACACAGAAGAGAAACUGUACAUAUGUGAGAUCUGUAACAAGGCAUUUAAACAAAAGUGUAGUUUAAACAGGCAUAAGUUCAUCCACACAGGAGAGAAGCCACAUGUAUGCGAGUUGUGUAACAUGUCAUUUAUAGAAAAAAGUAAUUUAAACAGGCAUAUGCUUAUUCACAGUGGAGAGAAAUCUUAUGUAUGUAAGAUUUGCAACAAGGCAUUUAGACUAAAGGGAGAUUUAAAUCAGCAUAUGCUCAUUCAUACAGGUGAGAAACCUCAUGUGUGUGAGGUGUGUAACAUGUCAUUUGCAGAAAAGGGUCGUUUAAACAAGCAUGUACGUAUUCACACAGGAGAAAAACCUCAUGUGUGUAAGGCAUGUAAAAAGUCAUUUAGACGAAAAAAGGAUUUAAACCAACAUAUGCUCAUACACACUGGAGAGAAACCUCAUGUGUGUGAGGUUUGUAAUAAGUCAUUUAGACUAAAGCAAGUUUUAAGUGAACAUAUUCUCACUCACACAGGAGAGAAACCUUAUCUGUGUCCAGUUUGUAACAAGACAUUUAGACAAAAGGGAACUUUAAAUAAACAUGCGCUUAUCCAUGCAAGAGAGAAACCUCGCAUUUAAUCAGCCAAUGUUCUGUGCAGUAUAGACUAAACUAGCUCAAGAAACAUCAUUAUGUAAGGUCUGUAACUUGUCAUUUUGUUUAAAUUCUUAAUAAACCAUUUCGUUGUUUCUGUUCAUA